GAUCAUCAGUAAGAAUUAAAGACCAAAGAUGUCAUUACCAGCUUCCUUUGACUUAACUCCAGAAGACGCUAAGUUAUUAUUAGCCGCCAACGUCCACUUAGGUUCUAAGAACGUUCAAGUUCACAACAAGCCAUACGUUUACAAGACCAGACCAGAUGGUGUUAACAUUAUUAACAUCGGUAAGACUUGGGAAAAGAUUGUUUUAGCUGCCAGAAUCAUCGCUGCUGUCCCAAACCCAUCUGAUGUUGCUGUCUGUUCCUCCAGAACUUUCGGUCAAAGAGCUGUCUUGAAAUUCGCUGCUCACACCGGUGCCACUGCCAUUGCUGGUAGAUUCACCCCAGGUAACUUCACCAACUAUAUCACCCGUUCUUUCAAGGAACCAAGAUUAGUUAUUGUUACCGACCCAAGAACCGAUUCUCAAGCCAUCAAGGAAUCUUCUUACGUUAACAUGCCAGUUAUUGCUUUAACCGACAUGGACUCCCCAUCUGAAUACGUUGAUGUUGCUAUCCCAUGUAACAACAAGGGUAAACACUCCAUUGGUUUGAUCUGGUGGUUAUUGGCCAGAGAAGUCUUAAGAUUGAGAGGUAUCAUUGCUGACAGAACCACCGAAUGGUCUGUUAUGCCAGAUUUAUAUUUCUACAGAGACCCAGAAGAAAUUGAACAAAACGCUGCUGAAGAAGCCAAGGCUGACGAAGCUGAAGAAGUUCAAGCUCCAGAAGCUGAAACUGAAUGGACUGGUGAAACCGAAGAAGGUGACUGGGCUGAUUCUGGUGCUACUCCAGCUCAAGAAGAUGCCGCUGCUUCCAACUGGUAAUUUAUAUAAAGAAAAAGAAGCUCAUUUGGAGAUGAUGAUGAUCUAGGAGAGGAUAGGAAAAAUGUAUAAUUAUUUACAUUAUUUUUAUAAUUUAACACAUUAUGUUUAAUAGUUUUGACUUCAUUGUACCCGGUUCGUUUGAAAUGUCCAAAUAUUGAGCUUUUAAUCAUGAGAAUAUUCAAAUUUAAGAUUCAUUUGGGUGUUGUUCAUUUUCUUGGUGUUUGUACAUUUGUAUUUUAUAUAUAUAAAAAUCUAAAAAUUAGUAUCACUGUUAU